UCUAAUGUGGAAGCUUCCUUCCCAAUUCUUCAUUUGCUGAUUGUAAGUACAGCUCUGAUCUCACCUACCAUUCAAUUUCUUAAUCCGAACAAACUUGAGACCUAGUAAUCGAGAAGGUGAGGAGAGGGCUUCUCUGUAACAGAACAGAGAUGAAUUUGGCAGAAUCUGUAGUAUCAACAGCGCUGCUAACUCUUUCUGACUUGCUCAUUCAGGAAGCAACUUUCCUGGAUGGAGUGAAGGAGGAAGUAAUUGGCAUGCAGCUUGAGCUCCGGCGGAUGCAAUCUUUUUUGAAAGAUGCUGAUUCAAGGCAAGAUGAAGAUGAAACAAUUCGCAAUUGGGUGUCUGAAAUUAGAGAAGCUGCUUAUGAUGUUGAGGAUAUCAUUGAAGAGUUUGCCCUCAAAGUUGCUUUGAGGAGAAGAUCAGGUGUAGUCAAUGUCGUGAAGAGGUAUGCUACAAUUGCUAAGGAAUCUGUAGAGCUUCACAGGGUUGGUUCUGAGAUUCAGAUUAUUAAAUCCAGGAUUUCUGAUCUUACGAAAAGUUUGGAGACUUUUCCGAUACAACCUAGAGAAAGCUUUGGUUCUUCUCUACCGGGUGGAAGGCAGCAACAGCAGCAACAUUUGAGACGGUCUUAUUCCCAUAUUGUGGAAGAUGAUAUAGUUGGGUUGGAGGACGAUGUGAAAAUUUUGGUCGAACAGUUGGUGUGCAGUGAAAAAACUGUUGUUUCGCUUCAUGGAAUGGGGGGUCUUGGAAAGACCACUCUUGCUAAGAAGAUAUACCAUAAUUCUGAGGUUAGGGAUCAUUUUGAAGCUUUUGCUUGGGCGUACAUAUCUCAGCAAUGUCAAACGAGGGAUAUUUGGGAAGGAAUCUUGUUUAAGUUAAUCAAUCCAACUAAAGAGCAGAGGGAGGAAAUUUCCAAUCUAAGGGAUGAUGAACUGGCUAGGAAGCUUUAUCAAGUUCAACAAGAGAAGAAAUGUUUGGUGAUCUUGGAUGAUAUUUGGACUGUUGGGACUUGGAAUAAACUGCGUCCUGCUUUUCCAUGUGGAACUGGGAAUUUUCUCAGCAAAAUAUUGCUCACAACUCGCAUCAGGGACGUGGCUUUGUAUCCUGAUCCAACAUGCUUUCUCCAUCAACCAAGACAUUUAAAUGAUGAAGAAAGCUGGGAAUUGUUUAAGAGGAAGGCAUUCCUUGGCAUAAAUUAUCCAGGCUUCAUAAUUAGAGCAAAAAUGGAGGAGCUGGGUAGAGAAAUGGUUGGAAAAUGUACAGGGUUGCCAUUGGCCAUUAUUGUCCUUGGAGGAGUGCUGGCAAAGAAAACUACUAUCUAUGGGUGGGACACAGUUCGCAGAAAUAUUGUUUCACACUUGAUGAAAGGGGGAGGCCAUGAACAACUCUUUGGAGUAUCUGAGGUUUUAGCUUUAAGUUACCAUGAAUUACCAUAUCAGUUGAAGCCUUGCUUCCUUCACUUGGCCCAUUUCCCUGAAGAUUAUGAGAUACCCACAAAAAAGUUGAUCCGGAUGUGGGUUGCUGAGGGAUUCAUAUCAUGCACUGACAAUGAGGAAAUGGAGGAAAUUAUGGAGGAUGUAGCUCAAUGUUACUUAGAUGAGUUGGUGGAGAGGUGUAUGGUUCAGGUGGUAGAAAGAGGUUCAACUGGAAGGAUUAGAACUUGCCGAAUGCAUGACCUUAUGCGUGACUUAUGCUUGUCAAAGGCAAAGCUGGAAAAUUUUCUUGAGAUUUAUCAAUUGCGUUCAAAGGAUCACUCAGGUUACUCUUCUCCUUCAUCCAUGGUAUGUGAAACAAGGUCAGUUGGUAGGCUUCGAAGGCUUGCAAUCUUUGUGGAUGGAGACCUUAAAAAAUUUAUCCCCUCCAGAUACAGAAGAAAUUCCCACGUUAGGUCUCUUCUGUAUUUCCAUGAAAAAGCAUGUCAUGUAGAUAAAUGGGGUUCAAUAAAAUCAGUUUUCAACAACUUUAAGUUGCUCAGAAUCUUAGAUCUUGAAGGAAUUCAGAGUCAUGAUGGGAAGUUACCAAAAGAAAUUGGCAAGCUUAUUCACUUGAGAUUCUUGAGCCUGAGGGAUACUGAUAUAGGUGAACUGCCACUUACAAUAGGCAACUUGAUGUACUUGCAGACCUUAGAUAUUUUGACUUGGAAUUCAACUGUGCAAAUACCGAAUGUGAUAUGGAAGAUGCAAAAGUUGAGACAUUUAUAUCUUCCUGAAUCAUGUGGUGAUGAUUCAGAUAAAUGGCAGUUGGCUACAUUGUGCAACCUGCAGACACUAGUGAACUUUCCUGCAGAAAAAUGUUACAUAAAAGAUCUACUGAGUCUGACCAAUCUCAAGAAACUAGUAAUAGAUGAUCCGAAAUUUGGGUUAAUCUUUAAAUCUCGUGGUGCUACAUUUAACCGCUUGGAGAGUUUGUCCUUUGUCAGUAAUGAAGAUUCAACUGCAAUUCAAGUCAUAACACAAUGUCCUAAUCUUUAUAAGCUGCAUGUAGAAGGGCAGAUAGAGAAGCUACCAGAGUGCCAUCAGUUUUCCUCAAACCUUGCCAAAUUAAACCUGCAGGGAUCCAAACUCAUGGAAGAUCCAAUGGUGACAUUGGAAAAGUUGCCAAACUUGAGAAUCCUCCGUUUACAAAUGGAUUCAUUUCUUGGGACUGCAAUGGUUUGCUCUGACAAAGGUUUUCCUCAACUGAAGUGUCUGUUCCUAUGUGACUUGCCCAACUUAGAAGACUGGAAGGUGGAAGAAGGGGCCAUGCUCAAUCUCUGCCAUCUACUGAUUUCCAAUUGCACAACUAUGAAGAUGGUUCCUGAUGGGUUAAGGUUCUUAACUUCCCUUCAGAAAUUGGAGAUACGAUCAAUGCUUAAAGCAUUCAAAACCAGGCUUGAAGUUGGAGGAGAGGAUUACUACAAAAUCCAACACGUGACUUCUGCAGUGUUUCGGUAUUGUGAUUACUAGACUAUGAAAUUUUCAUCAUCAUUAAUAAGGUAUUUUUGAGUUUCAUUUCCAGAAUUCUCUCUUUCUAUAAAUAUUUGUAAAAGUUUUGAUAUGAUAACAUUUUUAUUUUAAUUUUGAAAAUUUAACAUAAAAGUUUGUACAUUUUA